UCUGAAAGAACGUUAUUUAUUUCUUUUCAAUGAUUUAUUAAUCAUUGCUAAACUUAUCAAUACUAAUCCACAAAAAAGCAAUACUCCCCCUACAGAGAAACUGUAUCAAGUUAAACAUAUCGUUGAAAUGCAUCAAAUUACUCAUAUUACUCUUCCUCCGCUAGAAGAUCGAGAUGCAUCUCUGAUAAAUAAAGCACCAAAAAGAGAACCUUCUGUUAUGGCAGCAUUUUCUCGAAAAUUUUCCACAGAUCCUCAUGGUGCAAUAGCUGGUAUGGUAGAGAAACGUCAUAUAAAAAAUGACCCAAAUCAUAUUGCAGCACUUCUUUUUAAAAGGUCCGAAUUAAGCAAACGUAAAUUAGGUCUAUACCUUUCUGAUCGAAAAAACAAAGAAAUUAUGAUCGCAUUUUUAGACAAAUUUCGAUUUGAGGGUCUCUAUAUAGAUGAGGCUUUACGCGUAUUUUUGAUGAGUGUAUGUCUACCACCUGAACGAGAAGACUUUGAUUAUCUAAUAAAGUCAUUCGCAAAUCGUUGGUAUAAUGCAAAUGUCAACGUUGUCAAGUCCAAUGAAGAUAUGUCAAUAAAGUUGACCUUUGCUAUAUUAGAACUCAAUAGUAGAUUGCACGGGCAACAUAACGUCACAGAUAAUAAAAAUUUUAGGAAUGUUAACAGGGCUGGUACCUUUACACUUCAAGACUUUGUGAAUCAAUUUCGUAGGGAAAGUUAUCAGUUUCACCUAGUUCCCGAUGAAGUAUUAGAAAAA